GAAUAAUUCGCGCUAGCCCACCACCAGAAAAGCAUCUCAUCGAUAAGACGCCCGCCGCCGACGACGAAGACGACGAGGAUCGCACGCCACACGACGUCCAGUCCACCGGCGCCAUCGAAACCUCAACGACGUCUCCGUCCGUCCUGAGAAAAGAGUCGUCGUCGCACCACCACACCCGAGUCCCGAGCGAGCAAACGUCGUCUUCGACAGCAUUCGAUACGGUUCGGUCAGACGCGACAAACGAUCCGCGACUUAUCCACCGCGACCAGCUGAUAUCAGCCGCCACCGCGUAUUUCGACGAUUGUCACCGCGACUACCGCGACGAUCGCCGAAAGCACGCAAGAGCGACAAGCCGCUGCAGCGUAUCCGCGUGUAGCCCGUGCCACGAUCAUAAUUUUAUAAUAUUAUCGUAUUCGAGGCUGACUUGCGAACGGAACUCGUGGUCUAAAACCAGGUCGUCGUCCUUCUACGUAGGGUCAUCGACGAUCCUGUAACAGCAGCACCAGCAGCUCCGCGGAAGUAUACACAAGAACGCGGCCCGACAGCCAUACAAUGAUAUUCUCAAAAUGCCAGUACGCGGCGUUUACGUUAUUACUGAUUCAGAUGAGAGUGCUGUGCCAGGAGUCGAUCACCACGGAAGGAGGAGUGGUGGUGGGUAGCGGUGCCGGACCAACGGAGCUCUAUCCGAACGGCGAUGAAGGUGUCGACGAUGUCGGCAGGGAGAACGUCUUCGUACUCAAUGACACCAGGGAAGCUCUGUCUCAUGACGGCAGCGAACACAAUUCCGUACUGUUCGUCGGCGACAGUUAUGUGCCCGUCACUACUCAGCUCCGGUCCAGACCUAUAUCACCGGCCGACUCGACCGUGCUCGAUUGGAGACUGCAAACCGUGGAGAGUUGGGACGGACGGCGGCAUGGCAAUAACAAGACUCGUGUGCAACACAUUGAAGCUGAGUGCCAAGACGAUUAUAUGAAAAUUCGCAUCGGUUUCAACGGCUCCUUCGGCGGUCUGCUGUACUCGUCCGGAUAUUCAUACGACCCGGAUUGCGUUUACAUCAACGGCACAGGUCGGGAUUACUACGAAUUUUACAUACAGCUGAACCGUUGCGGUACACUGGGAAAGAACUCCAGACAAGAGGAUGCCAGGAAAAAUCCAGCGAAAAAUCUCAUGUGGAAUACCGUAACCGUCCAAUACAACCCUCUGAUUGAAGAGGAAUGGGAUGAACACUUCAAGGUGACCUGUGAAUACGGCUAUGACUUUUGGAAGACUGUGACAUUUCCGUUUUUAGACGUUGAGGUGGCCACUGGCAAUCCGGUCGUCUUUACACUGUCACCACCUGAGUGUUACAUGGAAAUACGGUAUGGAUACGGCACUACCGGAAACAGGGUGGGAGGACCUGUACGCGUCGGAGACCCGCUGACUUUGAUCAUCUACAUGAGGAGCAAAUAUGAUGGUUUCGAUAUUGUGGUGAACGAUUGUUAUGCGCACAACGGAGCACAGAAGAAGAUUCAACUGAUCGAUCAAUACGGGUGCCCCGUCGACGACAAGUUGAUCAGUCGAUUCAGAGGAUCGUGGAGCGAAAGCCAAGUUUUUGAGACCCAAGUGUUCGCUUACAUGAAAACGUUCAGGUUCACCGGGUCACCAGCUCUUUACAUCGAAUGCGACGUCCGGAUGUGUCAUGGCAGAUGUCCGAGUCAACCGUGUCACUGGAGGAAUGCCAAAAGCGUGGCGAAACGGUCCACUGAUGUGGAGGUAGCAACGACCCCGGCGGCCCUUUCACAAAAUAUCAACUUAUUCCAGUCUUUGAGAGUGCUCCAAGAGGGUGAGAACAGUGAAGAUGCAAGCGCACUUAGCAACAGGACCACAGGAUACUACACGGACAACAGCCAGAAUUCAGUGUGCGUGAGGUCUGGUUUGCUAGCCGGUCUGCUGGCGCUCGCCUCCACCGUCCUGUGUUUCCUGAGCUUGGCGCUCACCGUCAUGUGUUACCGGUCCAAGCGACUGGUCAAGGGGUGCGCCGAUGAUCCGGCUCAUCACGUGAUCGCAGCCGCGCCGGCGAGAUGUUUCCUUACGCACAAGGGCAGAAUAAACUGAUGGGGGUCGAUGCCAGUCGACUUAACCACCGGUCAAGGGGGGGGGGAUUACGGGAAUAGCAACCUGUAUUUUUUUUUUUUACAAAAUAUCGUCAGGUACAAAACACUUAACAUUAUCAUAUCAUACUGUGUGUAUACAAAACAACACUCUCAUCACUCGCAUCGAACAUAAUAUUAUAUUUCCUAUAUAUACUAUACAUAUAUAUUUUUUUUUUUUGUUUAAAAAAUUGUAAUUAUUAUUAUUAUCAUUAUUAUUGUUGUUGUGGUUGAUGUUAUACGGUAUGCAGUGUAGACAUUUGGAAGUGGACGGAGGAUUACUAGAUCGUGUACAAACAGAACGAUUUUCUUCUUGGUUUUAUAAAAAUAUCAUUAUAUAAUAUUAUGCGAUGCAUAUUUAAAUUAUGGUCAGAUUUUCCCAAAUCAAUAAUUCGUUCUCUUCGACACAUUCGUUGACACUUUAAACGUUCUAGAUGGGCCUUGUUGUUUUUGGUUGUCAUCUUAAUGAUAAUAUUUAAAUAAUUCCACCACCAAACGUCGAUCCGUAAAAUUCGUCUGCUGUUGUUUAUUUGAAUGUCACUCGACUUGACUGCGUGAAAACGUUCGUCUGAAACACGUGAUAAUAAUAAUAACAAUAAUAAUUACUGUCCUUUUAAUCAUGUCUUACAAGAUAGAUAAUAUUUUAAUUAGUUAAGUCAGGUUUUAUGCACUAUUUAUACAAAAUCAACGACAUCUUUAUGUAAUUUUUUAAUCUUUUCAACUAUUAUUAUUAUUAUUAAGAAGAAAAGAAUACAAAAAAUGGGCCAUACUAAGUAAAAAAAAAAGUAAAUAAAUAAUAUUGUAUCAAUUAAUUCGUAUACUAUAAUAUUAUAGUAGGUAGUUGCUAUUUGCAGAUGCUUUAACAAGCGUGCAACAUAUGCGUUCAUACUACUUGUUUUCGAAAACAUGAUUACAAUAAUAUUAUAUUCAGUUAUGUCCGGUCGGUGGCUUCUCUAUAUUACAUGAUUUUAAAUAGGAUUAUACAUAAUUUCACGUAUAUUUUUUUUGCACCCCGAAAGGUAUUCAUGUUAAUAUUAUCAGCUGUUAUUCAGUUUCUACGACGAAUGGCCAUGGUCAGAGACCACCUACGUUAACGUUCUUAUGACUUCGUGAUCUCCUGUGCAUUAUACUUGGAUACGCGAAGACAUCCAAAAUGAAAAUUUUUCACAUACGAUACAUAGGUUUGAUCGUGAUUUUCAAUACAACGAGUACAGGUUAGUUUCGAAUAAUCCGUUUUGGUACGUCGACGUUUUGACACGGAAUAUUAUAAUAUUAUGCGGUAGAAUCGGUAAAAAUUGUUUUGGUCACCGAACCACUGACAGAUUUAUAUUCACCCCACAUUAUGCUAUAUUAUAAUAAUGUAUUAGCCACGAUAAUUCCGCCCCUUCUCGAUCUACAUACUAGGAAAACCAUAGUUUCCCUCACCCACCGUGUCUACCUCUUGUCAUCGCUCGCUCCAUAUUCCCUCACGUAUGUCAUUAUCGAUUUAUUUCGGUUUCACAGACGGAAUUAAAUCGUUUUAAGAGUACCUAUAUCUAGUUAAACGUUAUACAUUGUACCUAAAAUUGUAUCUUAUUUUGUGACGUUCUACGAUAUAAUACAUUGAAACUUUAAUAAUAAUUCAUUACAUCGUCAUUACACUAUUAUUAUUUAUCGUUUCAUAUAAUAGCUGAUGAAUAUAACUACUUGAAAAAGAAUAAGAAAAAAUUUUCAUUUCACUUGUCGCUUGUAAAUAUUCAUAUAAUAUUAUUGUAUUAGAAACGUCUUCUUAAGUAAGUUAGAUGUGUAUCUUAGAUAAUAAUUAUAUAUAUAUUUUUUUUUUUUUAUUCAGUGUUUGCACGUGCGUAAACAUCAUAUGUUAGGACAACCUCUAUCUAACGAGCAACUAAUUGAUGUGAGCGACUAGAACGUGAAAACGAUUAUCAGUGCCCGGAAAUGUAUAUUAAUAUUACUAUAAUUUUUUUUCAAAAAUCAUUUUCCGAGGCAAACAAUCAUUAUUUUUUCUGCGUGAUCAGAACGAGUGAAUUAAAAUAUAAUAUCAAGUCGUGUGAAAAUAUUUCCGUCAGAAAAUAUUAUGUUGUGCUCUUUAUAUAGGGGUUGUACUAAUAGACCUACUAGUUUUUAAGCUCUGUACAGAGCAUUUAGUGUUUUUGGUAUAAAAACAAAAUGCAUUUUUUUUAUAUCAUAAUUCCAUAAUGUUUAAUUUUAAUAUUUAUUAUAACUAUUUUAUCAGAAUAUUAGUAAUUAUAUAAUAUAUAUAUUUAUUUGAUAAAAUAUAUAAUAUAUAAAUUAUUUUUAGUAACCUAAUAUUAUUAUAUUAUGAUACAUUUAUUUUAAAUAUAAUUUUAGUAUUGAAA